ACCUUAAACGCUGCGUUUUGAUGGUCCUCUUCACUGCUCCUUGCCCUCUGUUAACUGCUGAUUGACGGGUUUUGAUUCGCGGGUCUGGUGAAUGAAGUCACCUACGCUUCACGAACUGCGGCUUCUUGACGAAGUAACUAUUCGACUCUGUUUGGUUUUCUCACUUGGUGAAGGUUUGCGGUCUCUGGAAAUUGAGGCGCAUGAUCAGAUUGACUCGCAAUCGUAAAGCAUUUUCAUGCCUUGAUUUUGCGACGCAUUUUACAAUUAACACUUGGACAUGCUUCCCUGGACAUCGUUUUACAGCGCAAGCUGCGUUGAGCCUGCAAGGGCAAGAAGAAGAGCAGAAGCGAGGGGAACAAGUUCAAUGUGCGACUUCUCUGGAGUUCGAAUCUCGUGUCUAUACUACUUUGCUCAAAGAUUGUAUCCAAGACGACGACCCAGUUAGAGGGAAAGCCUUGCACUGUCAUGUUCUAAAGAGGGGUAAUUACCUUGACUUGUUCGGUCAAAAUGUUCUUUUGAACUUGUACGUCAAAGCGGAUUUAUUGAAUGAUGCACGUAAGCUGUUUGAUGAGAUGCCAGAGAAAAAUACAAUCUCGUUCGUUACUUUGAUCCAAGGGCAGAAACAUUCGUUUAGAUACUUGGAGGGUAUACAGUUGUUCCAACGCUUACAUAGAGAAGGGCAAGAGAUGAACCCUUUUGUUUUUACUGCGAUGCUGGAUUUGCUUGUGGGUAUGGAAUGGGCGGAGCUGUGUUGGAUGCUACAUUGUUACAUCUGUAAGCUUGGUCAUGAAACUAAUACCUUCGUUGGGACUGCUCUAAUUGAUGCAUAUUCUGUGUGUGGAUACGUACAGAGUGCUAGAGAGGUUUUUAAUGGGGUUGCUAACAAGGACAUGGUUUGUUGGACCGGAAUGUUGACCUGCUAUGCAGAGAAUGAUUGUUUUGAAGAGGCAUUGGAACUUUUCUCUGGAAUGCGGGUUUGUGGGUUGAAGCCCAAUAAUUAUACCUUUGCUUGCGUGCUUAAGGCCUGUCUAGGAUUAGAGGCCUUUAAUAUGGCAAAGUGUGUUCAUGGGUGUGCUUUGAAAACUCGUUAUGAAUUGGAUAUUUACGUUGGUGUUUCUUUGCUUGAGUUCUACACCAAAAUGGGAGAUUUGGGUGAUGCUCAAUUUAUUUUUGACGAGAUGCCAAAGAAGGAUGUGAUUCCUUGGAGUUUUAUGAUUGCUCGAUAUGCACAAAGGGGUCUGAGCAUAGAGGCUGUGGAGCUAUUUUGUCAGAUGAGACAAGAAUUUGUCAUUCCUAAUGAGUACACGUUUGCUAGUCUGCUGCAAGCUUGUGCAACUAUGGAGGGUUUAAAUUUGGGGGCACAAAUCCAUUGCAAUGUGUUCAAGCUUGGUUUGAACUUGGAUGUAUACGUUUCGAAUGCGCUCAUGGAUGUCUAUGCUAAAUGUGGGAGGAUGCAGAGCUCUAUGAAACUAUUUGUUGAAUCACCAAUUAGAAAUGAUGUUACUUGGAACACAAUGAUUGGUGGUUAUGUACAGGCAGAGGAUGAGGAGAAGGCAUUGGAUUUGUUCGUAAAUAUGCUUGAAUGCCAGGUCCAGCUUACGGAGGUGACAUACUCUAGCAUUCUUCGUGCUUGUGCUAGUUUAGCUGCGUUGGAGUCAGGCAUUCAAAUUCAUUCCUUGACAGUGAAGAGCAAUUAUACCAACAAUGUUGUGGUUGGUAAUUCUUUAAUUGAUAUGUAUGCUAAGUGUGGAAGCAUUAAAGAUGCUCGGCUUGUUUUUGACAUGAUGAGUGCAAAAGAUGGGGUUUCGUGGAACGCUAUGAUCUCUGGGUGUUCAAUGCAUGGUAUGGGUGUGGAGGCUCUGAAUUUUUUUGAAAUGAUGCUGAAAACAGAGUGUAGACCAAACAAGGUAACGUUUGUUGGUGUCCUAUCUGGGUGCAGCAAUGCAGGACUAUUAGAUAAGGGACAGGCUUAUUUUAAAUCUAUGGUAGAUGACUAUGGCAUUGAACCAUGUAUAGAACACUAUUCUUGUAUGGUGUGGCUUUUCAGCAGAUCAGGCCAUCUCGAUAAGGCUGUGAAGUUGAUUAAUGAAAUCCCGUCUGAGCCUAGUAUUAUGUUGUGGCGUGCCUUGCUUGGGGCAUGUGUUAUUCAUAAAAACACUGAGCUAGGAAGAAUUUCUGCUCAGCGUGUCCUUGAGAUGUAUCCCCAAGAUGAGGCAACCCAUGUGUUAUUGUCAAACAUAUAUGCCAAUGCUCGGAGGUGGGAUAGUGUUGCUACUGUUAGGAAGGGCAUGAAAAAGAAAGGACUAAAGAAAGAACCAGGCCUUAGCUGGGUUGAGAGUAUGGGGACAGUUCAUUAUUUCACAGCGGGCGAUACUUCACAUCAGGACGUGAAAGUCAUUUAUGGGAUGCUGGAGUGGUUGAACAUGAAUACUAGGAAGGCAGGAUAUGUUCCUGCUCGCAAUGCUGUUUUGCUUGAUGUUGAUGAGAGUGAAAAGGAGCGCCUUUUAUGGCUCCACAGUGAAAGAUUAGCACUAGCUUUUGCAUUAUUUAGUACUCCAUCUGGAAGCCGUAUCCGAAUAAUUAAAAAUCUCCGCAUAUGUGUUGAUUGCCAUGCUGCAAUCAAAACAAUAUCAAGAAUAAUUAAGCGAGAUAUUGUCAUCAGAGAUAUGAAUCGAUUCCACAACAUUAAAGAUGGGAUUUGUUCUUGUGGUGAUUAUUGGUGAUUUGUAUUAUUGGUUCACGAGUUCUGAAGUAUGAGCUUUUAUUAUAUUUUCUCUGAGUUCUUUUUUAUUCUGCAUUUGAUGCAUUUACAGGGAAGAGAGAAAUUUG